UUUGUUUUAACUUCAUAAAGUUUCUGAUUUGAGAUCGGAGCUCGACUUUUGAUUUCAUUUGUUCCUACCGUUUUCCACUUCUUCCAAGCUCGUGAUUUCAGAAUUCCAUCAACUAGAGUUGAUCUUGUUGUGGCACAAGGAUGACAACUACAACUUGUUUUAACAUCGUGAGCCGAAAUGGCAUUCCAAUAUAUGAAGCUGAAGUGGGUUCUAUUGCUAAAAGAGAUGAUGCUGCUCAGCUGCAACAAUUCGUAUUACAUGCAGCUCUGGAUAUUGUUCAAGAUCUUGCAUGGACCACUAGUGCAAUGUUCUUGAAAUCGAUUGACGAAUUCAAUGAUUUGGUGGUAUCGGUUUAUGUUACUGCUGAUCAUAUCCUUUAUAAGUACUGCAUUGAC